GAUUGCCUUGUUGACGUUCAUCACCUCCAAAACCCUAGCAAGUAGCAACCAUCGUCUAAAGCCAUUUCCGAACGUCCACUCCACUCCACCCUUUUUCCUCCAUCAAUCCUCCAUGGCAGACCCUACUGAGGUCUCUGUUAUUACGCUUGGAGGAAAGGGUUCAUCGCUUUCUUCUACCUCUGUCUAUGCCAUUGCUCAUGGCUUCGCUCUUGUUCGGAUCGAUUCAUCGGCCCUCGACAGGCUUUCUUCUUCGUCCAACGAUCAAAAUGCUGCAUCCCUUAAGCACCACGUCUUCAUUCCUGAUUUUCUUACUCGCGAAGAAGCCAGGGCGGCCCUUGUUGUGCUCCUGAACAAGCUCAUCAUCUCUGCUUCUUCUGGUAUUCGAUCGGUUAUUCCUGUUCUAAUUGCGGACAAGCUCAAUUCGAGACCAGAAACUUUUCGAUUUGAAUCCCUUGAUGUGACCGACGAGGAGUUAUCCGUGUUCAAGCAAUCGUGUUAUGUUUUGAACGGAAUUUGCGCGUUGCUGGACCAUCAAUCGGCAGCAUUAUCUUCCAUUGCCGAUGCUGUGGCUGGCAUGUCUUGCGAGGCGUCUAAAGCUGAUGUGUCUGCGUUCAGUUUGAUGGACUCGGGCGAUGGGUUCGCUUCCAAGGAGGAAGUAGGAGUCGCCAAUGAUAUGAAGGUACUUCUAAAUGGAUCUAAGUUGGUGGGUAAGAUCGAGAGUGAAGCUAUCUCUAAGAUUCCAAAGGUUCAUGGAUGCUUGAGAGAACAAGCGAAGUUGGUGCACUCAAGAGUGCGGGUUGAGUUGAAUUCUAGUGUGAAAAUUGGGAAAGGGGGAUCUUUGAGUUCUGGGACAGAGGAUACCAUUCGGACCGCAUUGUUGUCAUUUGCAGCCAUGCUCUGGGACUUGGGAAAAUGUAGUUUGGAGAGAGGAAAGUUGAUUUUGGGUUCAAGUGGCGACGAUAAUAUAAAGGCAAGCUUGGCGGGUUUGCUUGAUAGGGAAUGUCCUAGUAAUGAGAGUCUAAAAAAGGAAUAUAGACUGGUCUGCGAAUUGUCUUUGGAUGAAAAGCACGAUGAGUUUGUCCAUACUGUGAACGUGUUGUUGGUAACUGUAUGGAAAAUUUUCGCAUGGGAGGCUACAGCCGCCCUCUUGACAAUUGAAGGAGGUGAGUUGAUGGUUAAGGGUCAAGAUGUUGACACGAAUGAAGCUAACGAGAAGGUUGUAAAAAAGAAUGAGAAGAAGAAGAAAGCAGUCUUGGGUAAAGGAACUAAUGUGGUUGUUCAAUUGAUUAAAGAUAGAUUGCAGGGUAAAGGUGGGGGUCUGGGGUCAUUGGAGAACUUGGUAAAAGAUCUUUUAUCCUUUUUGGAUCCGAAGGCUUCCCAGUUUGAUAAUCUACUGAAGAAAAUCAAAGAGAUAGUUGAAAGCAACGAAAGUAGGAGGCUACCAAAGCUUCCCAAGGGCACUCGGGAUUUUGCGAAAGAGCAAAUGGCAAUUAGGAAGAAAGCAUUUUCAAUUAUAGAGGGCGUUUUUGAGCGGCAUGGUGCCACAACCUUGGAUACUCCAGCUUUUGAGUUGAGAGAGACUCUCACGGGGAAAUACGGAGAAGAUUCUAAGCUGAUUUUUGAUCUGGCUGAUCAGGGAGGGGAGCUCUGUUCGCUUAGAUACGACUUGACUGUUCCAUUUGCUAGGUAUGUUGCCAUGAAUGGUUUAACAUCAUUCAAAAGGUAUCAAAUAGCAAAAGUUUAUAGAAGGGACAACCCAUCUAAGGGAAGAUACCGUGAAUUUUAUCAGUGUGAUUUUGAUAUUGCUGGUCAAUAUGAAAAGAUGGGGCCAGAUUUUGAGGUUAUUAAGAUAAUGACGGAGCUACUUGAUGAACUGAACAUCGGACAAUACGAGAUAAAAUUGAAUCAUCGAAAGCUAUUGGAUGGAAUGUUAGAAAUUUGUGGAGUGCCGCCUGAAAAGUUCAGAACCAUAUGUUCUAGUAUUGACAAGUUAGACAAGCAAUCCUUUGAUCAGAUAAAAAGGGAAAUGGUGGAGGAAAAGGGGUUGACCGUGGAGACAGCUGAAAGAAUUGGUGAUUUUGUGAAGGAAAGGGGACAUCCAUUGGACUUGUUAUCUAAGCUUAAACAGGAGGAGAGCGUGUUACUACAAAAUAAAGGAUCUUCUGAUGCGUUGAGUGAUUUAGAGAUCUUAUUCAGUGCUCUAGAAAAGUCAAAGUGUAUUGAUAAAGUGGUAUUUGACUUGAGUCUUGCCAGAGGACUUGAUUACUACACUGGAGUAAUUUAUGAAGCUGUUUUUAAAGGUGGCACCCAGGUUGGUUCUAUUGCUGCUGGUGGACGCUUUGACAACCUUAUUGGAAUGUUUGGCUCCAAGCAGGUCCCAGCAGUUGGUAUCAGUCUUGGUAUUGAGCGAGUUCUUGUUAUUAUGGAACAAAAUUUGAAAGAUCAAAAGCAGACUGCUCGGGCGACUAAGACUGACAUCUUAGUGAGCAUACUGGGGGAUGAUUUGACACUAGCAGCGGAGCUUGCAAGUGAGAUGUGGAGUGCGAAACUUCAUGCUGAAUUUCUGGUCAAUAAAAGAGUGAUGAAACAUAUUGAUCGUGCGAAAGAGUCUAGAAUUCCUUGGAUAGUAUUUUUGGGUGAACGUGAAGUGAGUGAGGGGAUUGUGAAGUUGAAAAACGUGGAAACUUUUGAAGAAAUAACAAUUCCUAGAAGCAACAUCAUUGAUGAACUGAAGAAACGCCUCACCCCUUGAUUGACACAUUGCUAUUGCAAACUGCAGAGCUGCUCUUCUUCAAUCUGAAAUUGGAAACCUUUCUUUCUUUUUUUUUUUUUUUUUUUUUUUUUUUUUUUUUGUUGUUGUUGUAUACUGAGAUCAAGAAGAAAACACAAGUGUUAAUAUUUAUGAAUUUAGUGUGGCUAACAUUUCAUUUGGGCUGUGUUUGACAAACCCUAAUCCAUUUUUGUCGUAUACUUGUUGACAGCAAUGGCUCAAUUUCUUUCUUGGUUAUUUA